CCUGCCAUCGAGUCAGGAAACAUCAACACCAACACAUUCAUUCCUCCUCUCUCCUCUCUUUGCUUUGCACCUUCGCCACCAUGGUUCGCGCUACCACUACCUUGAUCGCCGGUCUAGCUGGUCUAGCUGGCAUGGCCUCUGCCCAUCCUGGACACGACGUGCGCGCGGAAGCCGCUGAGCGCGCUGCCUUUUUGAAGCGGGCUCCCAUGCAUGCGCGCGGCCUGAGCCAGUGCGCCAGCAAGCUCAAGGCGCGCGGCCACGAGAGCAGCAACAUCGCUCGUCGUCAGGCGACCGUGGAUGCCCUGCGUCGUCGCAAGGGAUUGGCGAGCCGCGCUCCUCUGCUCAAAGCCCGCGAUCUGACCACCGUUCUUAACACAUCCCAUCUUUCAUCCUUGGAUGUGACCGAGAACACCCAGGACUAUGACACCCUGUUCGCGUCCAACGCCAGCUGCGUGCUCGGCCCGGAUGUCACCCAGGGUCCUUACUACGUCACCGGCGAGCUGAUCCGCAAGGACAUCACCGAGUCUCAGAAGGGAGUGCCGCUGUACCUGGACAUCCAGCUCGUGGAUAGCACUACCUGCGAGCCGGUCCCGGACGUCUACAUUGACUUCUGGCACUGCAACGCUACUGGCGUCUACUCCGGCAUCCAAGCCAGCGGCAACGGCAACUCCAACGACGCAUCAAACCUAGACGCAACCUUCCUCCGCGGCAUCCAGCAGACCGACGAAUCGGGCGUGGUGCAGUUUGAGACUAUUUUCCCGGGCCACUACACCAGUCGUGCGACUCACAUUCACGUCCUCUCACACAAUCCCAACACCACAACAACAACCAACACCAACAACACCCUAACAGGCCUCUACACCACGACAGCCAACCACGUCGGCCAGAUCUUCUUCGACCAGGACCUGAUCACAGAAGUGGAGACCACCUCGCCCUACAGCACCAACACCCAGGAGCUGACCACCAACGCCAACGACUCGAUCCUGUCCGAGGAGGCCGACACCAUCGACCCGUUCGCCGAGUACGUGCUGCUGGGCGACUCGAUCAGUGACGGCGUGUUCGGCUGGAUCUCGCUCGCUAUUGAUGCCGAUGAGUCUUCUAGCAUCACGCCUGCGGCUUACUAUACUGCUGACGGCGGCGUGGAGAAUGAGAGUUCUGGUGGUGGUUCUGGUUCUGGGAGCGCCCCGGGGGGUCAGAGCUCUGGGGCUCCUGGUGGGCAGGGUCAGGGCGGUCAUCCCUAG